GUAUCGAACGGAUCGUGUUCUCUAUUCGGAAGUUAUUGAUUGAUAAUUUAGAAAGCUAAUUAAUGCAAUCAAUCAUAAACGAUUAUCGCAAAACAUAAGUGCAGUGGAGGUGCAGCACAAGUGUUGAAACCAAACAUUGUUUGAACUGUGAGCCGAAAUCGGUACCGGACAUUGUGUAGCAAAAUAAUUAACCUUUGCAAGUGAUUUAGUGUGUGAUUAAACAACAUCCAAAAACACCAUGCCUCGUCCAUCUCGUGAAUCCUACGGGGAUCAGAAACCCCCCUACUCGUACAUCUCGCUGACCGCCAUGGCGAUCUGGAGCUCACCGGAGAAGAUGCUGUGUCUCAACGAUAUCUACAAAUACAUCACGGAUCGGUUCCCCUACUAUCGGAACAACACCCAGCGCUGGCAGAACUCGCUGCGACACAACCUCAGCUUCAACGAUUGCUUCAUUAAGGUUCCACGGCGCCCCGAUCGCCCCGGUAAGGGCGCAUACUGGACGCUGCAUCCGAAGGCCUUCGAUAUGUUCCAGAACGGAAGUCUGCUGCGUCGCCGCAAGCGCUUCAAGCUGCACGACAGCGACAAGGAAAGCUUGAACGAGGAAUUCAUCGCCCUAGCCAACAUGAAUCGAUUCUUCAUGUCCCAAGGUGGCCAGUUCCAUGAUCCCUACUACUCAUCGAUGCCGGAGAAUAUCAACCCAAACAUGAUGUAUGCGCCCAUGUCACCUCCCAACUCACCACCGGAGGGCCAACGGGCAUCCAGCCAAUCACCCGAACAGCCCCAAUCCGCCUCAUUCGGGUCAUUUCAUGGUAUGGCUGCCGUGACCAACUCCACCACUCAAUCAGCUAGCAAGCCAAAGCGUCCGUUCACCAUCGAGAGUCUGAUCGGGGACGAUUCGGACAGCAAGGAGGAAAGCUCAUCAUCGGAUUCGGAUGAUUCGUCGACGAUUCCGUCGGCGGUUUCGAUGCCAUCGAAUCCGUUGCAUCUCGAGCAGCUGCAAGCUUCCAUUCAUCUCAGCCAGCAGAUUCAAGCCCAGCAACAGGCUGCUUUCAAUGAGUACGCCGUGGCAGCGGCCGCUGCCGCCCACCAUCACCACCAGCACCAAGUGGCAGCCGCUGCAGCUCUGGCCGCUUCCGGUGCGGCCCAGUACGGCAUGCAUCAUCUGCUGAUGCCCAUGGGCAAGUUACCGACGCCAACGUUCUAUCUCCCACCUCCGUAUCAAACCCCGGCGGUACCACUUCACCAUCAUCAUCAUCACCAUCUGCAAGGUGGUAUGCCGCAGCCGACGGAAUCGCGCCCGGUUCACAUGAUGGAUCCUCGCAGUGACGCAAACAGCAUGGUGAUCGGUUAGAGUUGCAGUCGCAUGCGAUUUUAGUUAUCGUUUCCCAGGCGGAACUUCGGAGCUUUGAUUCAGUUUGACUACAUGUGUAGUGCGUUAGGAUAGUUAUUUAUUAUUUCCCCGUUCCAAAGGUGCAAUAUUUACUUUAAAUCUCGCCGAUGGUAACAGAGUCGGAUUUGUUAGGUUUUUUUUAUUCCGAUAUUUAUACAAGAGGAUUAGUUCAACGUUGCUUAUCGAAUGAGUCAGCCAAUAUUAGAGAGAAGUGAUAGGGCAUCCGAGCACACACACACACGCUACACGCACGCGCUACAAAGUGAAUGUGAUUAUUAGCUAGUAACCGAGAAGAACAAUACCUGUUGCCCGAUAGUUUAUAAGUUAUAUUGAUGGACUGAUAAAUAUAUUUUGUAGUAUG